GGCGCCGGACACGCUUCCCAGCGUGCCGCGCGCAAAGCCCGCGCGCUGGCUGGCUCGUUCCCUCGCUCUGUCUCUCUCCUCCUCUCAAGCCCUGCCUGGUCGUCGGUCUCUGUGAGGCGGAGGCGGCGGCGGCGACGGUGGCCGCAGAGGUCCUAAUACUACUAAUAAUAGCAGAAGGCGCGUCGGCGAGGAGGAGGCGGCAGCGGCGCUGAGGGCGACGGUUCAGUCCGACCAUGUCGGGCGAGGAGGAGGCGGCCGAGCUGACGAUCGCGGAAGACGCCGUCGUGAACAAGUACAAGAUGGGGGGAGAGAUCGCCAACCGUAUCUUGCGUGCUGUGAUAGAAGCAGCCAAACCUGGGGUGUCUGUUCUCACCUUAUGUGAGAGAGGGGAUGAGCUGAUUACAGAAGAGACUGGCAAAAUCUUUAAGAAGGAGAAAGAUAUGAAGAAAGGUAUUGCCUUUCCUGCAAGUAUAUCGGUAAACAACUGUGUCUGUCACUUCUCCCCCUUGAAGAGUGACCAGGAUUACAUCCUCAAAGAGGGUGAUUUGGUAAAAAUUGAUCUGGGAGUCCAUGUCGAUGGCUUCAUAUCAAAUGUAGCAUACAGUUUUGUCAUUGGCGCAUCCAAGGAAAAUCCAGUGACAGGUCGUAAAGCUGAUGUAAUCAAAGCUGCUCACCUCUGUGCUGAAGCUGCCCUGCGCUUGGUCAAACCUGGAAAUCAGAAUUCCCAAGUGACUGAUGCCUGGAACAAGAUAGCUCAUUCAUUUAACUGCACACCCAUAGAAGGGAUGCUAUCACAUCAGCUAAAGCAGCAUGUGAUAGAUGGCGAGAAGACCAUAAUUCAGAAUCCCACAGACCAGCAAAGAAAGGACCAUGAAAAAGCAGAAUUUGAGGUCCAUGAAGUCUAUGCCAUUGAUGUUCUCAUCAGCACUGGAGAAGGGAAAGCCAAGGAUGCUGGACAGAGAACUACUAUUUACAAAAGGGAUCCUUCCAAGCAGUAUGGUUUGAAAAUGAAAACUUCCCGUGCCUUUUUCAGUGAGGUGGAGAGACGCUUUGAUGCUAUGCCAUUCACUCUCAGGGCAUUUGAGGAUGAAAAGAAGGCCAGGAUGGGAGUAGUAGAAUGUGCCAAACAUGAGCUGCUCCAGCCUUUUAAUGUCCUCUAUGAGAAGGAAGGAGAAUUUGUUGCCCAGUUUAAGUUCACAGUGCUUUUAAUGCCCAAUGGUCCUAUGAGGAUAACUAGUGGCCCCUUUGAGCCCGAGCUCUACAAAUCAGAAUUUGAGGUACAAGAUGCAGAACUGAAGGCACUCCUACAGAGUUCAGCAAGCCGUAAAGCCCAGAAAAAGAAGAAAAAGAAGGCAUCUAAGAAUGCUGAAAAUGCCACAACAGGGGAAACAGCAGAAGAGAAUGAGACUGGCGAUUGAAUGGCUUUGAAUUCUCUACAUAGCACCUGAUUCUUCCUCUCACAUGCCCCCACUCAAAACAAGAGAAACAAAUAUCCCCUAAUGGCUGUUUGUCCCAUAGGACCAAAUGACAAAUAGCCAGGACUUCCCACAGAGUGCAACCAGCUGUGAUUGACUUUGCCACUGAGGGAGGAGUCUCUUGGCCACUUCAGAAUACUUUAAAAAGUGUGAACUAAUAAAAUCAGGAAACAAAAACUAGUCUACAUCCAAUCUUUCUAAACUUUGAUAAUAGUUGUGCUCAUUAGACACAAUAUUCUGAGCAAGAGGGAGUUUUUUGUUAGCUCUCUCCCCCCCCCCUCCCCUUUCCUUUUUUACAGGUACAGUAUGCCAGUUCCUCUGAAAAAUUCUUUGGCAUCUUUUCACAACUGUUCAAACAUGCAAAAGCUCCAUCUUCAAAUUGCAUUACAUCCAGUUAGUAUAUAACUUGCAUGCUUGAUUGGUGUUCUGAUCUUCAGUUUUGUUUUCCCCCCUCUGCUUAAAACCCUGGGGCAUUCAUGUGUUGCUCUUUGUGUUUUCCUUUGUAAACUCACAAUGUUGUGUUUUUAAAGUUGGUGGAAAGCUGGUUUAAUUGCUGCACAGACAUUAUCAUUUUAAUUUCUUUUAAUCUGUUUAUAUGAUUUACUGUUUUUUUAAAAAAAUUAUUGUCCCAGUUCAAAGAUACGUUAUAAAAUCUUUCAACGUACCUUGUAAAAUCUUUUCUAAGACCCAGAGACAAAAUAAAGCUGAUCUUUUCAGAAAUCCACCAGCUCUCGGCAAAAGCUUUAGCAUUUUUGUUCUUCUGUGUUUAUCUAUUCUGUACACACUUGCCUUCUAUAGACUAAAACUUACCACUGUCCUGAUUGAUAGGUUGUGUAAAGCAGGAUUUUUCAGAAGAAUCCUAACCAUGUGUCUUUUUUAAAAAAAUUAUGAAAUGCUACAAAGUGGGUGGGCCUGGAGGAAAAUCCGUUAGUGGGAAUCUUUUCUAUAGUAUGUCUUUUUAAAUUGUCCCAUUGGAUUGUAUAUGAUUGUGUGGGCUUUUUUUUUUUCCCCUGUUGUAUUUCAAGCCAGGUCCCUGUCUAGGCAUUUGCUGUAGCUAAAUUGAUGCCUGUAACACUGCCUUGUAAGGAAUGAGAGCACCUGUGCUCUCUGGCAGAAAAAGUCCUUCUGACCAAUAUAUCUGGAGUUUAAUAUUUUUAAAAAAUCUUAACAGUUGCUACCAAAGUUGAAUUCCAUAAAAUAAACAAAUGUUGUUUUACUCUGAAAAAUCUUUUCCAUCUCUCUUUGUAAACUGUCUACUUUAAUUUCUAAUCUGUUCUCUUGCGCUUUUGUAAGGGGUCGCUUUCAGUGCUCAGAUUUGGGAUAAAAUCGGGUAUAUGUUAAGUGGAGAUUGAAUUGUCUGGAAGUAUAAACUUGAAGAAUCAUGCACAAAGCUUGCAAUUAACUGCCAGUUUAAUUGUAAACUGCUCCGAAUUGUUAACCAUAAACUUAAGGGAAAUGGGUGGGUUGGGAAAGGGGUGAACACAACUUGUUCCUAAGAAGGAACAUUUUAGCAUUUAUAAGUAAUGUGUUUUCUUACUGCCCUUCUGUAAAAGAGAGACUAAAAUCAGCCACAUUAUCAGUUUAUAAACCACUGUGAAUUGCUGGCAGUUUAUUUAAUUUUCUGUCUUGAUUUUGAAACGUUAAAACAAUGUAUCUCUUGAUUUAAAAAUGCAGUUGGAAAUCUUGGAAAACAAUUCCCACCAAAUGUUCUGUAAUUUGAUUUUUUUUUCCAAAUAAAAUUGAUUAGACAUCUAUA